CCCUCCUACGGGUCGACGACUCCCUACCAGAUUCACCUAUAUAAAAGGGGUACCGUGCCUCGACAGGGCAGCACAUCACCGUUCGUACUUUAGGGCGAGUACUGGUUAGAAAAUUUCCAGCAGCGCUUUUUCCACGCGAUUAACGCCAUGAGAACAAUAAUCAUCCUAGCCACAAUUUUCAGUGCAGCCAUAGCAGAGCCAGGAUACGUGCGCUCAGUGAUUCCCUACAGUUACCUGGAAGUUUUGGACACACCGGAAGUGGCACAGGCGAAGGCAGCCCAUCUCGCGACUCAAGCGUACGAGGCGGCAAGGAACACGCUCGGAUACGCUCACGUGCCAGCUUUAAUCCAUGUUUACACACCUGUAUCUGGCGCGCCCCUCGGCGCUGAUGGAAAUGUUAUCGAUACGCCUGAGGUCGCGGAGGCGAAGGCUGCUCAUCUGACCGCUCACGCACUGGAGACUGCGAAGAAUCUAGGCCUCCAUCCAUAUGGCGCCUUGGCUUUCGCUUCGCUGCCUUAUGCUUAUAGAUUUGGAUACGGUGCCCCCAUUGGUCCUGAUGGCAGAGUGAUAGACACUCCGGAAGUUGCAGCGGCGAAAGCAGCUCAUUUGGCCGCGCAUGAAGCUGCAAAACUUGCUAAUAAUCCUUGACCAUUUGAACAGAAAUAUUCGAAAGGAAGAAUGACCAUAAAAUAAUCUUCUAUCUCUUUAUUCAAUUAUCGAUUUAUCGAAAUGCAAACGAACAAUGAUCGAUGAUUCUCGUUCUAUAUAUCUUUGUCAAUAUAAAAUGAUCUUAGGACUUUAAAUGAUUAAAUAU